UCCUGAUUACUUCGCACGAGGGAUAAGCUGUCGUUUGCUUGAUGGGAUGCUCGGGUGUGAAACUCCAAGCCUUUCAAAUAGAUUUGUAAUCUUUACUAAAAGAUUAUUUCUACACGACACUAACAUGUAGAAAAUAAACACAAAGAGCAAAAGCAGCCAUCAGUGGAAGAAAGAACAAUAACUAAUCGAUGUUGACAUGGCAAAGCAGAGUGGAGCAGACGGCAAGCCCCACGGACUUGGGAAGAAAGAGCAAAGGGAAACCACUCUCAGCUAAUCGGCGUUCUGUGACGAGAAGUCGUCCAGUCUGCAAGCAGACGAUAAGCGCUCUUCCAAAUUUCCGCAUAUUUUCCGGAUUAUUCGUGCCGAAUACACGCAUUUGAAAUAUGAACGACAGUUCUUAUAUUGGCAGGAAAGGAGUCUGGAUAGCAAGCAUCAGUUUUUCACAUUUUGGUUCGGGCGGAGAUAACAAAGAAUAGCUGUUGACCAAGUUGUUCAAGCGAACGAGAGAGAAUUACUGUGGGCACAAGUUGAACGGUGGGGAUACGCAGCAUGGUGUGUUCAGAAGGUUCAACAACCAGCCAGGAGUGCCGCUGACAUAGCCUUUAUUUUCUGCACUACCUUCUUGAAAGUGGUGCCAAGCUUCACUGCCGUUACACGUCACCACCUGACAUAAUAAACUUAAAGGAUGGCAGCCGAGACGAGGCUUGACGAUGAGACCCGGGAACGCACCAAAUCGGCACUCAAAAGUGGCGACCUGACGACGAUUCCUCGCAUCGUACUCGACGACCGCGCCGACACCACCAGUAGCCGCGCCUCAGCGCCUGGUCCUGACGCCAUUAUCAUCAACAGCAACAACAGCUCCAGACCCAGCAUGGCAACCCCUCCCUCAGGCGACUCGGAGAUUCCUGCACCUCCGGAUUACGUCCCCCACAGAUGCAACUCUGAUAUCGGCCUACCCACUGCCAGCAUGCCCAACCUGGCUCUCGCCCUGUCUCUGGGCACUGACGCCACCAGUGGAGCGGACAAGCUGGGGGUCUACUGCUCCCCCCGCACCACGCGCCGCUCAGUGGACCUGGACGUGGGGUCGUCACGUGAUCCUUGCCGCACCGACUAUCCCCGCUGGCUGGAGGAGCAGACAAGCUCUCUGCGCGUGCUGACGGCCGGAAGCCGCGUAGGCAGCGCCGUUAGCCUCAACAGCGUUUGCACGGCGCACAGCGUGGGGCUGCUGUCCAACGACUCCUCCGACGAGUACGUGGACAGCAGUCUGGGGCAGGACGGCAGCGUGGCCGGCUCCUGCAGCGAGCGUUCCGUUUAUCUGCGUCGCCUCAUGUCGUACCCAGAGGACAAAGGUGGGCAGGAAGCGGGACCAAGCCCUCGAACCUCCCACUCCCUGUGCAACCUCAAGGCCGCGCAGUCCACGGACCGUUACGAAAAAGGGUCAGGUGAUGCCCAGGGUAACCUGACUCCGGAGCAGCUGUGCCUCCUGCCCUCGGACGUGGAUGAGAGUCUUGAGAGACCACGCGCUCGCGGUGGAAAAGGGGCAGGAAGGCUGGUCAUCGCGACGGCUGACAGGGCGGACGAGGGCGUGGUCACUGUGGAUGCUAAGAAAGGUGAGAAGAAGACCGGAUCGGAGUUCGAGGUGUAUGACGAGAAGACCCGCUCGUGGAUCGUGUGCUAUGGCAAAGGCUCAAACUCUAUGCGGGAAGGUCGCAUCCGGCGGUGGCUGCAAGACAUGGACAAGGCAUCCGAUUGAACAGCUUACUUGUCCCCUCCCUCUUACGCCCCCCUUACCCUUUUGAAGCCAUUCGCGAAUGUCGAGAGGAGUCCGAGGGCCUCCCAAAGCUACCUGGACCCCGAAAGUUUUACAGAGAAGGCGCGAGGAAUUUGGUGGGAGCCCGAUUGCUGUAUUUGACGAAGAGAUCGAUCACUGUGUUUGCACGUUGGUGCGGGCUUGUUCAGUCCCAGCUUAUUUUCGGAAAAUGGAGGCACAAACAGAAGAUUAUUUCGGGCAGCGAACCAUAUCGACUUUCGGUCAGCUUGACGCUGUUUGAUCCCACACUGAGUGCAAAGACUGCCUGGCUAUUUCAGUUCGCCAACCGUUGACCAGCGCCCUAACAUUCAGUGAGUGGCUAUGAGUAAACAGAAAUCUGUGGGUCGUGCUGCGACGAAAUCACUACAUCACGUGACUAAAGUUUUGUUUCUCACAGAUGUUUAGAAGCGGUAUGCUAGGACAGACGUCCGGUGGCCCUUCAGGCAGGCCAGAUAGUCGACGAAGGAUAUUGCUGUCGACCAUGGUCCCCUUUUCACAAGUGUUUUGUCAGCUCAGCAUGUUCUGUGAAGGGGAAAGUUCAAUAUCUGUCACGAGGAAGGCCAGAAGGAGAAAAAGCUUUUCUCGUACAAUGACAUGGAACACAACUGAUGCACCGCAAGAAUGUAGAUUCCAAAAUGAACUUGUGCACACAUUUAUUUUCCAUGCACCUAUCAUAAUUUACACAUGUUUUGUCCGUUUUCUUUGUGAAUAUUUCUGCAAGAACACGUUUUUUCUGCGCCAGAAUAUUUUUGUUUUUCUACGUUUCCGACGAAACUGUGAAGGAAGGAAGGUUUUAUUUUUCCAAAAGUGAAAGUUACAAAAAUUUUACGUCUUGAUGUUUUCAUCGCCAAGGGUAAGGAAGCUUCAACAUAGCAUUGUCUGUGUGUAAUUAGGAGCCUACCCAGUCGUGAGUACUCCCACAUUGAGGAAGCAUGCGCUAUCAUUUCUGCUUCUUCACAGACUUCCUUUUCAGCAAUUAAACGUUUUGCAUGUUGUCUUUUGAAUGCCACUGUGUUUCACCUUCCCAAAUUGUUAGCGUACACUAAAAAGCUAGCAAGAAGAAACGUACAGCAUAAUGGCGUUGUCAGUUGGCAUGAAGACGUGGGCACGACAAGCACCACACUUUAUUUUUACCUGUUAAUGAUAAGGCCUACAACCUGCUGGCACUAUCAGCUGUGGCAUCAACUUGCACCAUCUGAAUCUCUGGUAACUUGUUCCGACAUCGAUAUCCGUGAACCAUUAUUACCCCAAACUGCAGUCAGCAUUCUGGUUACGAAGUCAAUAUUGCCAUCUGUCGGCAUGUUUAUAAAGCAGUUCCUCCUGGGUGGGCUCUGUGGCCCCAGCGGCACGCCACAAAAUAUUAAUCAAUAGCAGAAAUGCAUGACUUUUUACAGUAUCCAGCUUUUGACAGUUUUGCUGCUUUUUGUCAGUUCCAAAAAUAACUUCAAAUUCAGUAUCAUUUUUCUGUGGCUGUGGUUAAAUAUAACAAUAUGGAAAUAUGUAGCCAAAACUUCAGGUUACUUUCAAAUAUAGGCACAUUUAACAAGUGGGCGACAAAUAAGCUGGGAAUAUAUUGAUGUCAGCCUUGAUAACUGGUCGUGGUAGUUGUAUUUGGCGGAAGAAGAUGGAAUUGAAGGGCUUUACUUUUUCAUCUACAGCCCCAUCCUGAGUGGGUAUAAUGGGCAUGUAUAUUACUUUCCACAAACACCAUGCAAGUCUGAACGCACCUUUUGAACAUUAGGGGUACCUUUUGGUAUGUAAAGUGGGAAGUUGAUUCAAACUCUCACGACACCUUUAAAACACUUUAAUGAAACGGUUCCAGAGCAUAGUUCUUGUGUUCUUUUUUGAGCAUUCUAUGCGCAAACGAUGAUGGAACACGCGCUCGAGAGCAGUGUAUACUGUUUCACUUAUGAGUGUUGUAUGUCUACCCUCGAUAACAAGAUGCUGAGUCAGCUUCUUUUUCUUUUGUCUCAUCUUCAACAAAAGAAAUUAUGAGAUGUGAUAUGCGAUUAGAAAAUUCACAAUGUUGCUUGCAGGGACUGAGCAUGUUUAUUUGUAAAUUCAUUUAAAUUUCGUCUGUUGGAGUUUUAUACACACGUUUAUUUGACAGUUUCAAGCACUUUUACUGUUUCCUAAACCGCAUUGAGACAGUUAUUAAAUUACUCCGUUGGAAUGAGUUUUUGUUGCCUAUGGUGUUCUUUUUAAAUCUUACAUAUUUUUGCAAAGACCAAACUGCCGUUUGUGAAUGAAGUAAAAAAUAAAAAUAAAACACACUCUCACACA